AUGGGCGCCCUUAACUACCCCACUUCUAAUCCACCCAAAUCCACCCAAUCCAUCCACGACAUCGCCGAGUGGAUUCGGUGGAUUAGCCAAUCCACUGGGAUUUUGCCAGUGGAGUGGACAGUGGAAUCCACGAGUGGAUCCACUACGUGGAUUGGGUGGAGUGGCUUUCAACCCUGGAAAUACGACAAGGAAACAGGGGACGCUGUUCAACGUCACUUGGUUGGCAAUGCCGAUGGCACCUUUCUCUGGGUCGCCUUGGUCUGUCAAGAGCUAGCAGAUCCCAAGGUCCGAAAACGGCAUACACUCGACACAUUGAAGUCAUUCCCCCCAGGUCUUGAUCCUCUCUAUAAGCGAAUGGUGGAACAUAUCAGCGAUUCGAAAGAUGCAGAUCGUUGCAGAGAGAUCCUCGCUCUUGCUUCGGUCGUAUACCGACCCAUCACCCUAGACGAGUUAAAGGCUCUUGCCCAGUCGCUCGAAGAUCUCGACCAGGAUGAGUUGGAAGAAAUCAUCAGCUCCUGCGUCAUCUACUUUGUGCAUCAAUCAGCCAAAGAUUUCCUGCUCAAGAACGCGUCAAAACAAAUCCUACCUUCUGGCAUUGCGCACCAGCACUAUGCCCUCUUCUCGAGGUCGCUAGGGGUCCUGUCGGAAACUCUUCGACGAAACGUCUACAGUCUCAACACGCCAGGAUUCUCCAUUGAUCAGGUCUCACCGACUAAUCCCGACCCAUUAUCCCCAAUUCGAUAUUCAUGCGUCUACUGGGUUGACCAUCUUCACGACUCAGAUGUCGCAGAAGUCAACGACAUUCUGCGGGAUAACGGCAACGUCCAUGUAUUCAUCCAGAAGAAGUACUUGUAUUGGCUGGAAUGUCUUGGUCUGCUACGAAGCAUGUCGGAGGGAAUCAAGGCGGUACAUAAGCUCGAGGCUUUAGUGAAAAUCGCGGGAGCGCAGAAACUGACAGAACUACUUCGAGAUGCGCGCCGAUUCAUUCUUUCUCAUGCUCGCACCAUCGAGAUUGCUCCAUUACAGGCUUAUGCGUCCGCACUCGUGUUCAGUCCUGAACACAGUCUCACCAGAGAGCUCUUUAAGAAGGAGGAGCCGGAUUGGAUGGUAUUGAAGCCAAGAAUGGAGGCAGAUUGGAACGCUUGCCUGCAGACGCUCGAGGGCCAUGGCUGGCCGGUGACGUCGGUGGUGUUCUCGGCAGAUGGUCAGCGUCUUGCAUCUGGCUCAGAGGAUCUGACAGUCAAGAUCUGGGACGCAGCCACGGGCGCAUGCGAGCAGACCCUCGAGGGCCAUAAGAAUUCGGUGACGUCGGUGGUGUUCUCAGCAGAUGGCAAGCGUAUUGCAUCUGGCUCAGAGGAUCUGACAGUCAAGAUCUGGGACGCAGCCACGGGCGCAUGCGAGCAGACCCUCGAGGGCCAUAAGAAUUCGGUGACGUCGGUGGUGUUCUCAGCAGAUGGCAAGCGUAUUGCAUCUGGCUCAUAUGAUGACACAGUCAAGAUCUGGGACGCGGCCACGGGCGCAUGCGAGCAGACCCUCGAGGGCCAUGGCGAUUCGGUGACGUCGGUGGUGUUCUCAGCAGAUGGCAAGCGUAUUGCAUCUGGCUCAUAUGAUGACACAGUCAAGAUCUGGGACGCAGCCACGGGCGCAUGCGAGCAGACGUUUAACGUUGGGAGAGUAUUAUAUCACCUUUCAUUUGAUCCAACGUCAAAUGCUCUCCUCUCUACCGAUAUUGGACUUCUAAAUCUGGAUCGCCCGGCUCUGCCGCCUGUCAUAAAUGAUCGGUCGACUGAGAUAACAUUACCGCGUGUUAGCCAUUCUGGAUGGGGUAUAAGCGCGGAUGGCGAAUGGAUUGUUGAAGAUGGAAAGAAGAUGCUUUGGCUGCCUCCAGACUAUCGAGGGGGCAUGCCCGCUAUUGUUAGAUCAACGGUCGCUAUCGGCUAUCGUUCAGGUCGUGUGUUGGUGAUGAGAUUGUUUUAG